UCUCGCGGCGACAUGGGACAGGUUCAAGUUUUUUCAAAAUAUUUUUCUUUUAAAAAAAUAUUUUAAAUAAACAAUGCUUAAAGACCACACGAGUUUAAACUUCAAGGUCUAUGAAUAUUUUAUACUGCAGGAAAAGUGUUAAUUUUACAUUUUAUUCUAUAACUUUUAUUUUAUAAACUAGGAUGAAGGUUUCCUUCUAGCAGGUGCAUUACUCCAUUUUGUAAAAACCUAGGCAGCCGCGAGAAGUGUACUGAGGGAACCAUUCAAUUUUGAGCGGGUACUGCAUUCAGUUAUGUUGUGUUCUUGUUCAGUUGUUUUGGGGAACACAGAGAAGAGAACAGGGCAAAAAUCGACUUUCUACUAAGAACUACAUUACCGACAAUGCCCUUCUUUGGUGGCGUGCGAGCGACCAGCUCUGUUCGUGAGCGAGCAGAGUGCGCUGGAGCGCGCGCGGUGGCGGCAGCGUGGAGCAGGUUGAAGCCGGUCUGACAGACAGUGAGGUCUGCCGCUGAAGAAACCGCUAGAUUGGUAUUAACAAGAAAGAUACCGUGGCUUGUCGCGCUGUCGAAUUUACAGCUAUCUUGGCGGAACUAUACCAAAGUAAUUUAUGACUUGUUCUUUCACGACAAAUGCACGGGCUGCCGCCGGCAAACCUACCGACGCAUUCGAGUGCCAUCAUUCUUAAGUGUCCGCGCAGUGAGUACUGUUGUCCACGUCAGUUUGUUUGGAAGGUGUGCAUUUGGAAGUAAUGAAAACAAACCAAAAUAAGGGCCUUGUGUGCCAACUGAGCUGCACACUGAGGCAGGAAAUUUGCGUCCCCUCCGGUCGCAAUAAAUGAAUGACAAAAGCAGGGCGAGUUUUCCCAAGCGGAACGGCUGUGAGCGUCUCCCAUUAUACCGGACGCUCGAGGCGCGCGUUGCCCAUCGUAGGUCGUUUAUAGAGACGCUAGGAAAAUGAUCAUAAUUGCGCCGUUUGGUUUUGUGAGACUGGCAUGAGACCUGAGCUGUGGGAGCGUUGCAACGUUGUGCUUGCUGUCGCUGAAACUGGCGCGACUUGGUCUCACGGAGAAGGGUCAGCGGAGCUUUGGAUGUAAAGUGCGCAGAAGACCGGGUAGAGAUGAACCGAACACCUCUUGACCGCAGUGUACACUCUUAGUGUUGCAAUUAGAAGAGCGUUUAAGUUAAAUCAACACCGGACGUACCCGGAAGAAACUUUCCUGUUCUCAAAUUCCUUAUUCCAAUCCGCUUGGCGGAUUUCAGUCUCCUGAAUGAACUCAAGCCUAUAUUGCGUAAAUGCGCACGUUGAUGUUCCGUUUUAACAGUCCAGCGUAUGUUCAGGCAUGUAUUAAGUAAACUGGACCAAAACGUAACGGGUUUGUUCCUCUUUUGUAUCGGAAGUCACAACGUAUUACUGUGGAGGCCGGCUUGGUCAAACUACAUUAAAAUCUGUCUUCCCUAAAACACUUAAGUCAUAAACCCGAAACUGACAAGCGUACGCUUUGUAGCCCAAUCCACUUUGGGUUUUUGUGACCAGAUCUAAGAUAUGGCUUCAGUUCGCUUCACGGUGACACCCACUAAAGCCGAGGACAUCCCUGGCCUGUCAGACACGUCACCAGACGUGAGCUCACGCUCCAGUUCCCGGGUGCGAUUCGGUUCUCGAGAGAGCGUGAGCCGCAGUGAGCCACUCAGUGAGGCAUCCGGAGCCAUCAGUACCUCACUUGGCACAACCGGAGUGGAAACGCCGGAGAAGAGUACAACAGCAGCAACUGGAGCAGGACCGACCAUCCAGAUUAAUAAUUACAGCUGGACAAAUAGGUUACUCUUGCUCAGCGCCAUGACACAUUUUACUGUAACCAGAGUCCAGGAACCAGAAGAGGAGGACAGUGUGUUUGCGUUAUCUUCCAGCUAUUCCCAAAAUCUGGACUUGAGUGACUUUAGUUGGUCUGGCCAGAGCCACUACUCUGCUGAAGAUGUUAACCUACUAGGUGGUGAUGGCUUUCAUAAGGAUUUGAAUACGUACAUCAACAACUCAAACUGUGUAGAUGACGAUGACUUCUACGACAGAAACUUGGCCCUCUUUGAGGAGGAGAUGGACACUCGUCCAAAGGUGUCAUCAUUGCUCAAUAGGUUGGCUAACUACACCAACCUUACCCAAGGUGCCAAAGAGCAUGAGGAGGCAGAAAGCUUUGAGGGGGACAAAAGAAAGUCAACAAAGAGUCCCCAAAUGGGCACGUUCAUGGGAGUGUACCUACCUUGCCUACAGAACAUCUUUGGAGUUAUCCUUUUUCUGAGAUUGACUUGGGUAGUGGGGAAUGCAGGUGUCCUUCAGGCACUGUGCAUAGUGUUCAUCUGCUGCUGCUGUACAAUGCUGACAGCCAUUUCAAUGAGUGCCAUUGCUACAAAUGGAGUUGUGCCAGCGGGUGGUUCAUACUUCAUGAUUUCAAGAUCCCUUGGUCCAGAGUUUGGUGGGGCUGUUGGACUGUGUUUCUAUCUUGGAACAACUUUUGCAGGCUCUAUGUACAUUCUAGGGGCCAUUGAGAUUUUUUUGAUGUACAUUUUUCCGGAUGCGGCAAUAUUUGUAGCAGAAGAUGAGAAUGAUGAAGCUGCUACCAUGUUGAACAAUAUGCGUGUAUAUGGCACGUGCUUUCUGGCUCUCAUGGCUAUAGUGGUGUUUGUGGGUGUCAAGUAUGUCAACAAAUUGGCAUCUCUCUUCUUGGCCUGUGUGGUUAUUUCCAUUCUGUCUAUCUACGCUGGAGCACUGAAAUCAGCAUUUGCUCCUCCACACUUCCCGGUGUGCAUGUUGGGUAAUCACACGCUUUCACGCCACAAGUGGUAUGUCUGUAACAAAACAAUACAAAACAAUGAGACAAUCACUACCACCUUGCUAUGGCGGGAGUUCUGUGCAUCUGACCAACUGAAUGCCACAUGCAGUGACUAUUUCACCCAGAAUGAGCUGACUGAGAUUCAGGGUAUUCCCGGACUGGCCAGUAGCAUCAUUAUAGAAAACCUCUGGAGCUCUUAUCUUACAAAGGGUGAUAUACUUCAAAAAGCUUCUCUCCCUACAGUCAGUGUGUCAGAGGCACCAUCAAACCUACAUCCAUAUGUUUUUGCUGACCUUACCACAUCCUUUACCCUCUUGGUUGGAAUCUUUUUCCCCUCGGUUACAGGUAUAAUGGCUGGAUCAAACCGCUCCGGGGACCUAAAGGAUGCUCAGAAGUCUAUUCCAACUGGAACUAUUCUGGCCAUUCUUACUACUUCUCUAGUUUAUCUUUCAAACGUUGUCCUGUUUGGUUCCUGUAUUGAGGGUGUAGUAUUAAGAGAUAAGUUUGGAGACUCUGUGCAAGGUAACUUGGUGGUGGGAAUUCUCUCUUGGCCCUCUCCAUGGGUAAUUGUGAUUGGCUCCUUCUUCUCGACAUGUGGUGCUGGGCUACAGAGUUUAACAGGAGCACCCAGGCUUCUACAGGCUAUUGCUAAAGACCAGAUCAUUCCUUUUCUGCGGGUGUUUGGACAUGGAAAGUCGAAUGGAGAACCAACAUGGGCCCUCCUGCUGACUGCAGGAAUUGCAGAGCUGGGAAUCCUUAUUGCCUCCCUUGAUUUGGUGGCUCCCAUACUCUCAAUGUUCUUCCUAAUGUGCUACCUAUUUGUAAAUCUGGCCUGUGCAGUACAAACACUUCUUCAUACCCCCAAUUGGAGACCGCGUUUCAGAUACUACCACUGGACUCUUUCAUUUCUGGGGAUGACUAUCUGCCUGGCUCUGAUGUUCAUCUCAUCCUGGUAUUACGCUUUAGUGGCCAUGCUAAUUGCUGUGAUGAUCUACAAAUACAUUGAAUACCAUGGGUAUGUAUUCUGCUUUUGGGAAACUUUUUUCAUUUUUUCUAAAAUAAAAUUCACUUGCUUCUGUAUUUGUAGGCCUCAGUUACUUGUGCUGCUUAAGCUGGACGAGGACCUUCACGUCAAGUAUCCACGACUUCUUACAUUUGCCUCCCAGCUGAAGGCUGGAAAAGGCCUGACCAUCGUGGGGUCUGUCAUCAUUGGCAACUUCCUGGAGUGCUAUGGCGAAGCACUUGCUGCUGAACAGACUCUCAAGCACUUGAUGGAGAAAGAACGGGUGAAGGGGUUUUGCCAGCUGGUGGUGGCAAUGAAGGCGCGAGAAGGUAUCUCCCACCUAAUCCAGUCCUGUGGCCUUGGAGGUAUGAAGCAUAACACUGUAGUGAUGGGUUGGCCUCAAGGAUGGAGGCAGAGUGAGGACCCACAUGCCUGGAAGACCUUCAUCAAUACUGUGAGGGUGACAACGACGGCACACCUUGCUCUGCUAGUCCCAAAAAAUAUCUCUCUGUUUCCAGCAAACUCUGAGCAUUUUUCAGAAGGCAAUAUCGAUGUCUGGUGGAUCGUACAUGAUGGUGGCAUGCUGAUGUUAUUGCCAUUUUUGUUGAGGCAGCACAAGGUCUGGAAAAAGUGUAAGAUGCGAAUAUUUACAGUGGCCCAGAUGGAGGAUAAUAGUAUUCAAAUGAAGAAGGACCUCGCCACUUUCCUGUACCACCUACGCAUGGAAGCUGAAGUUGAAGUUGUAGAAAUGCAUGACAGUGAUAUUUCAGCCUACACUUAUGAGCGCACCUUAAUGAUGGAGCAGCGAUCUCAAAUGCUCAGGCAGAUGCGUCUGUCAAAAUCUGACCGUGACAAAGAGGCCCAGCUUGUCAAAGACAGGAACUCAAUGCUGCGACUGACCAGCAUAGGCUCCGACGACGACGACGAGACGGACACGGGGGCUGCCACAGGGUCUGAGCGUACAGAUCGGGUCCAUAUGACUUGGACAAAGGAUAAGUACCUGGCUUCAGUCCGGGCUGCCAAGGGACAUGGAACUGCGACAUUCGAAGGCUUGCGAGACAUUCUCAGCAUGAGGCCUGAUCAGUCCAACGUAAGACGCAUGCAUACGGCAGUCAAGUUAAACGAGGUAAUAGUCAACAAGUCUCACGAUGCUCGAGUGGUACUGCUGAAUAUGCCUGGGCCACCACGGAAUACUGAAGGGGAUGAAAAUUACAUGGAAUUUUUAGAGGUGUUGACAGAAGGCUUGGAGCGAGUCUUGCUGGUGCGAGGAGGAGGAAGUGAAGUCAUAACCAUUUAUUCCUAAACUACCAUCCUGAGCAAAUAAUGGAAAUGAGUGGAAACGAGGUGGGCUUACAACAAUAGGCAACUGAAUGUGCAACUUGAGAAAACUCCAGCAUGCCCACAGCGGGCUGCCACACUGUGUUUCUCCAAGAAUUGUGUGCCUCAUCAGUGGUUGCAGUGCAUGCUGAACUGUUUUUUUUUUUUCUUUUUUUUUUAAGAUACAUUUUUAUUGGAUUGAUUUUUAUUUGCAUCUGCCCAGCACUGCUAUUAAAAGAUCAAUCAGAGAAAGAAAAUGAAAACUUUUGUUUUGGGAAUCCAUCUACAGGCCCUGCUUGCUGCUGAAGUGAGGCGCCCAGUGUUAUCUGUUCUAAUAUGUUAGGCUCGUUAGGAGUUUUACUUAAAGACGUUUCCACUAUUACUGUGAGCAGCGGCCCUGUGCGCGGAGUGUGUGGCACUGGACCACCAGGCUUGCUUUCAGCGUAUAAGGCGUCUUUCGGGCAGUAUGGCAUUUAGUGCUGGCCAAACAAGAACAAGUGGACAAGGCAAGAUGAAUUCUCACAGAAUCAUGAACCUAUUCAUUUCUUUAAAUGCAAUUUUUUUUUAUUUUUUUUUUUAAAAAGGAUAAAAUCCAAAGCAGGGGUUUAGUUAAAUGUUUCUACUUCAUUAUUAUGUGAAAUCAGUAUUUAAAUGGCGGUGGUGAUGAUAAGGUUUAUGAUGUCAUGUCUAAUGUUUAUUUUAAUAUUGACUUUGUUUUUGAUAAACUCGAUAAGGGACAAGUAAAUAGUAAAACAAAAA